GCCGCGCAAAAACUCGGCGGAAGGAUAUCCGGCGCAGAACCGGGUGUCGAUGCCGCCAGCUCCGCCGUCUGCUGGAGGAGCAGACUCGCCAAGGCACUCGCGGAGCUAUGAUGAGAAUCUGCAAAAGGCACAGUCGUCCCGAUUGCUUUCUGUGUCAAGCGAAAGGACACCCCGGAGAGGCUCGAGUCCGCUGGCGAGUCAGACGAGCUUCGCAAGCAACAGCAGCGAUCCAGGGACACCACCGACGGACGAACGUAUUGUGACGCGGCGAGCCUCGGAUACCACCAGGCGACAGUCUCUCCUGUUUCCUGAAUCGCAGAAGCGGCGUCCAAAGAGUGCGAACAACUCUGGGAUCGUGGGCCCGUCCAGUCCCUCUCAAAGCAGCCCGGCCGAAAGCAAGUAUCUCACUCCCGAGAGUCGCCGGAUGUCAAGUACCUCAACCGGGUCGCUCGACACUCCAAUGGCCUCGGAGGCCUGCAUCAAUGUGUCUCGCGAGUCGUUCGAUGUUCCGCUCAAGAUCGAGCAGGAUUUGGCAUGUAAAGUACCACCACCACCAGACCGGGUCAUGUCGCCAACAUUCUCAGACGAACUCCUGGAUUCGGUCACUCCGCUCAUCAAUAUUCCCGACAGCUUCACGCUGCCCCACCACUCGACCUCCUCGCGGAGCAAGAACAUGAACCAAAGCGAGAUCGAACAGGCGCUGCUUGAAAAGCUCAUGACACUCCAGCAGGACCUCGCCGACAGCCAGCUCUCGCCCGUGUCGAGCGCCAUAAAUCUGUCGGCUGUUCCGCCCAAGCAAGACAUCCUGGAGGUUCACCGCUCGCUAAGCAUGCGGCUGCAACAGGCCCAACGGUUCAAGGCCAACCUGAAAAAGGUGGCCCCAGAGGAUGCCGGAACGACAGCGCCGGUCGAGGGCAAGGUCCCUCCGCAAGAAGCCGGGCACUACGGCUGCUGGGCCUGGUGCACUCUGUGGCGAAAGCGGCGGAAGGUCGGCAUCGUCGACAGAGUGACGAGGACUGAGGACUGA